AUGACCCUGAACCCGAUCUGGAAUCAGGAUCCUAUUUUGACGACCCCAACCCCGACCCCGACUAUGACGACGACGACCCCGACCCCGACUCCGAAGACGACCCCGACCCCGACUCUAAUGAUGACCACGACCCCGAAUUUGUCUAUGAUUCAUACUUCGAUCCUGAUUUCAACUCCGACUCUAGCCCCGACUCAGGCUCAAUUCCCGAUCCGAAUUCCUACUCAACCUGUAUCCUAUGCAUCUUCCACUGCACAAAUUAUGACUUCUCGACUAACGACCCCGACACAUGGACUAGAUUGCGCAUAUUGUGGUGAUCCGAGACACACUCGUGAGACUUGUUUUAAAUUGCAUGGCUACCCCAAUUGGUGGGCUACUCUUAAAGAUCGAGGACAAUGCAAUACGACAAGUAAUGGUACUGGUUAUGGAUUCCAUACUUCCAAUAAGAUUGAUUUCAGGAGUUGGAUAAUUGAUUCCGGUGCAACUGAUCAUAUGACGUUUGAUCCUGAUGAUUUUCUGAAUACUACACAACCUCGACGAACCUGUAUUGCAAAUGCCAAUGGCGUUACUUAUCCUGUGAUAGGGGCUGGCACUGUUGCACUCUCAUCCUCUCUCACACUGUCUAAUACUUUACUUGUUCCAUCUUUAUCCACUAAAUUGUUGUCCGAUAUUCACACUAUGGAGAUUCUUGGUCGUGGUACUAAGAGAGGGGGGCUAUAUUAUGUCGAUGACUUCAGUCCUUGCGUGGCUAACAGUGUGACGCAUCCCUUUGAUAGCAAACAAAAGCAAAUCUGGUUGUGGCACGGUCGAUUGGGACAUCCGUCUUUUAGUUAUAUGAAGCAUCUUAUACCAGAUUUAUUCUUAGGUUACUUCACAUUCGUGGGAGGUAAUUUGGUGACAUGGAGGAGCAAGAAACAAAAUGUAGUAGCUUUAUCCAGUGCAGAAGCCAAGUUCAGAGGCAUGACUAAAGGGAUUUGUGAACUUCUUUGGUUAAGAAAGUUGCUUACUAAACUUGGGUAUAAACCUACAUCUACAAUGAAUCUCUUUUGUGACAACAAGGCUGCUAUAGCCAUUGCACAGAAUUCAGUUUAG